UGGGCGGUGCCUAGGCGCGCGGGACCAGUGUUAGAAGGGGGUACUCGGGUUUCCUCCUUAAACUUCCAGGCCACGGCUUCUGCUCCGGGAGGUGUACCUGUACCUGAAGGCCAUGGGUCGGAUCUCGGGCCUUGUGCCCUCUCGCUUUUUGACGCUCAUGGCGCAUCUGGUAGUCGUUAUCACCUUAUUCUGGUCCCGGGACAGCAACGUCCUAGCCUGCCUGCCUCUCAGGUUCACCCCCGAGCAGUACAAGAAGCGAGACAUUGAGCUGGUAACAGCACUCUCUGUCACCCUGGGCCUUUUUGCAGUGGAGUUGGCUGGUUUCCUCUCAGGAGUUUCCAUGUUCAACAGCACUCAGAGUCUCAUCUCCAUUGGGGCUCACUGUAGUGCUUCUGUGGCCCUGUCCUUCUUCAUAUUCGAGCGCUGGGAGUGUACCACGUACUGGUACAUUUUUGCCUUCUGCAGUGCCCUCCCAGCUGUCACUGAAGUGGCAUUAUUCGUCGCUGUCUUUGGGCUGAGAAAGAAACCUUUCUAAUUAUCUUCAUGGCGGGAAGGUAGGGAUGAAGACUGGAGGAACCGGGAGCUGCUUACCGUCCUGGAAGAAGGAAGACAUAGGCUUCUGUCCUCGCCCCUUUCUCUCCACUCCCACCCUCUCCCGAGACUGUUUUAGGUAGAGCGUGGUGGUGGGGUGACUUAUGUCAUGAAUCUGGGAUUAGCGUUUUACUAAUGUUUUAUAAUAAAAUAUAUUUUUUAGUAAGA